AUUGUAUGCUUAAGUGUGGAGCUAUAUAAGUUGACCCCAAAAUAAGGGACGAUUCUGAUUUCUGAAGAAGAGAUUGCCGCAGUAGCGAGCAAACGAGAAGUAAAAUGAAGUGCCCGUACUGCUCGGCCGGACAAGGCCGUUGUGCGACAACGACCUCCCGUCGUUCAAUCACGGAGUGCACCUCCUGCGGGCGCGUGGUGGAAGAGCGCCAAACCCAAUUCCACCACCUCUUCCACCUACGCGCCCAAGACAACCCUCUCUGCCUCGUCACCUCCGACCUCCCAACCCCUCCUCCGCCACCCCAAAGCGACGACGUCGAAGACCCGUUCGAGCCCACGGGAUUCAUCACCGCCUUCUCCACCUGGUCCCUCGAGCCCAGCCCACUCUACCUCCGCUCCUCCCUCUCCUUCUCCGGCCACCUCGCGGAGCUCGAGCGCGUGCUCGAACUGUCCUCCGCCUCCGCCACCUCCUCCACCGUCGUGGUCGACAAUCUCAGGGCGUAUAUGCAGAUCAUCGACGUGGCUUCGAUUUUGGGAUUGGAUUAUGACAUUUCGGACCACGCGUUUCAGUUGUUCAGGGAUUGUUGCUCCACUACUUGCUUGAGGAAUCGGAGCGUUGAAGCCCUAGCUACUGCUGCUCUCGUCCAGGCCAUUAGGGAGGCCCAAGAACCCAGAACCCUUCAGGAGAUCUCAAUUGCAGCUAAUGUAGCGCAGAAGGAAAUUGGUAAGUACAUCAAGAUACUUGGAGAAGCGCUUCAACUAAGUCAGCCUAUCAACAGCAAUUCCAUAUCGGUCCAUAUGCCGAGGUUUUGCACUCUCCUCCAGCUAAAUACGUCUGCUCAGAAACUGGCAACUCAUAUUGGAGAGGUUGUUAUCAACAAAUGCUUCUGCACUCGCAGAAACCCCAUUAGCAUCUCUGCGGCUGCUAUAUAUUUAGCCUGCCAGCUUGAAGACAAGCGAAAAACUCAGGCAGAGAUUUGUAAGGUGACUGGUCUUACCGAAGUCACUCUCCGGAAAGUCUACAAGGAACUCUUGGAAAAUUGGGAUGAUUUACUCCCAUCUAAUUAUACUCCGGCUGUUCCUCCAGAAAGAGCAUUUCCUACUACUGUAAUCGCUUCAGGACGAUCUUCAGCACCGAAAGCUGAUUUACCUGAACUACCAGUUUUUUUGAACAGAGAGAGGCAGCCGGAGAUAAAACCUGACAAACCAGAGGGAUUAGAUAUGAACGUUGAGCCAACCGAAGAAGAGGAUUUUGACAGUAGAGUUAAUUCUCGAGUUGCACAGUCAACAGUGGUGAACCUUUCAACACUUUUGUGGCAAUCCCAGGUUCCAUUUGGUACUUCUGGAAGUGCAGCAGUACUGAAGUCACAGAAUAUUGCCGUAGCAAUGGACAUGGAUACGCCACAGUGUAACCAACACCUCGAGCACAAGUUGGACAAGGACACCAAGGGUUCUACUGGUAAUCGAAAUCCAACUUCAAGUUCGAGUUCACUUGCCAGGCAGUUUCGAUACCCACCUUCCUCAGGUUCCUCUCCAAAUGUUCAAUAUUCGCUUCCUCCAAAGCUUGGACCAGGUUAUACUGAGCUCAGAGGUAGCAGGGGUCAAAAUGGAAGUGAAAAUUCCAAACAGAGUGGGGAUGCCUGAGUGGUACAAGUGAUUCUUAUGUUGUAUAUAAGCCUAGGACGUGACACAUUAUUAGCUUCAUGAUCAAUUAAAUUUUUCCGUAAUUCGGUGCCAAAUCCAAGCACUACUUGAAACAACGGCGCGUCGUCUGAAAGAUGCUACCACCAAAAUAGUGUCGUAGUCAUGGAUCGUCCGUCAUGCUGUCAUGCAUAAUGCAUAAGGUAAGCAUCAUGGCAAUCUCGUAAUUAUUUCAAAUCACAAGGGCAUAUAUUUAAUUCUUCCCGAUAUUUACACCACAGUGACGUGUCUUUCAUGCGCGUCCGAAAUCUUCUCUCUCCUAACCUCCCCCCCGCUCUCUCUCUCUCUUCCUCUACAAACAAACACAACAAGCUGCAAUGUGGACCGUCGAAUACAUCCACGUCAUCGAUCCACGCCUUCCUAAUCCGACGGUUCAUAAUGGCGCAAUAAUGCUAAUUGUCUAGGUAGGUUCAGCUCCCCGAACCCUAGCCACGCGAGCCCCCUUCUCUUAGAGGUUUAUCCCGACUCGCCCACUCGCCCAAUACGAAGAGGAGAGAGAAAAUUAGAAAGAGGGGAAGGAGGAGGAAAACAAAAAAAAAUUUAGGGCCCUUUUUUGCCUCUCUUCCUUUUGCUAUUUGCUCCUGAAGCAUCUCCAUCUCCAGCUUGCAGAAGAGAGUCCGUACAUCUCAAAAAUUAGGGUUUUACAGAAAGAGAGGGGGGGGUUUCAAUUCGGUGUCGUUUUGAUCUUUCAAUUAGGAUUUUGGGGCUAAAACUAGGGUUCAGAGUCUUUCUGUGAGGUUUGGUUUUGUUGUGAAUCUAUU